UUUCAGCCUUCCGGACACUGGUCGACUCCCUACAUUUCGCCCAAAUCAGAAACAUGCCUCGAAGUUUUGAGUUCAGUUUUCUUAUCAUAUAAAUCUGUAAGAUAUGUUAGACAUGUCAGAGUCUCUAAAUGGUGAGAGGAGCUGAGACUGACCGAAGACUGAAACGAACUUCCAGCGAUAUUGAAGCACUGUCAUGACUGUCAGACUGUGUGAGUAGGCCCAGCGAAGUUUGCUGUUUCGAUAGAUAGACCCACAUUGUGAAGUUGUGUAACAUACACAAAUCAGCCCUCCCGCCAUGUCGAUGAAUACAGCCGUCAGAAAAGUAAACCACACGCUGGGAGAAAUACAGAAGAACUUGGAGUGUUCCAUAUGUCUGGACUUGUUGAAAGACCCUGUGUCCACAAAAUGUGACCAUCAAUUUUGCAGUUUCUGCAUCCUUGCUCUGUUGGACAAUAGCCGGCGCUCGUCCGCCUCCUGCCCGCUGUGCAAAGAGCCGGUCACCAAACGGAGCCUGACUAGCAAUGAGCGUCUGAAUGAGAUUGUCAGAGCAGUUAGAAGUGUUGUCGAAGCUGUGGAAGAAGACACAGGCUUGAGAUGCACCCCACCCAGAGGUCCCAGAGUCCUCUCACAGCAGUCCAAACCUUCGCCCCAGGCGGCCAAAAAAUCAAGACAGAACAAGCCAGUCCGCAGACCAACAGCGAGCUCAUCAAACAAGACCAGUCGAUCAAGCAAGAGAGGCAACCUCCGCCAAGCCAAGCCGAGAAGCACUGGCUCUUUUGCCGUCUACAUUGACAGCGAUGACACUGACAGCUCUGAAGGCAGCACUCAAGAAGUUCUCAUAACUGACUUUGACAGUACGGUGGUUGGAAAGAAUGCCAUACAAAAAAGUCACAAGAAGCCAGUCACUCGAACGCCCUUACAACCAACCAAUCAAGAUUCUACAUGUACAAUGAAGGGAACAGGAUCACACAGAGGCUCGUCCUCCAAUGCCUCUGUUCUUCCAAGCAGCAAACACAGUUCCGAAAAUGGGCAGAUUGAAGAUGGCCGCAAUCUCUUGGAGGUUCUUGAUGAAGGCUCCCAAGGCAUCUUGGGGAAUGGCACUCCUCAGGAAGAAAGACAAACAGGUAAAGCGAAGGACAAGUUUCCAGGAGAAACAAGUCACGAAUUAGAUGGUAGACUCGUGCGAGCGUUUGAUCGGGAAUCCCUUAGAAUGCGUGUAGACAGAGCUGGAGAAGGUACAUCCCAAGAGAAGAGUAGAAAUGGCAAAGCUUCUAAAAAAGAGGUUUUGAAAGUGAACAACUCUGAGACAAGUGGAUCUUGUGUGAUUUCAGAUGCAGAUACUACUUGUCCAGAAAAUGUCAGCAAAUCUCCCACAAGCAAAGGCAGUCUUUCAUCCUCAGCAGACGACGAUCUGGAAGAUGAUCCAUACGAGUUCAUUGCCAGCCAGCGCACCCCGAGGAAGCUCAAACUGAAACGAAGCAGGCGUCAGAAGAACCCGAGUGGGAACGCUGCCAAGGGGUUUGACUACAUGAAGUGGAAGAGGAGUGGGAGUGCAGAGAGAAAACACCCGAAAGGGAGCCAGGUAGUCGUCAGUCAACCUGAACCGCAGAAUGAAGUGUGUAACAUCACCAAUGAAUCUCUGCAGGUCUUCAAGGAUCAUGGUUUCAUAAAACCAUGCGAUGCAGCCAGGAUUACAGAUGUUGAUUUACCAAUUUCUGGAAAGCAGCAGGCCGCAGUUGCUGAGCAUGUGAAACCAGCUAGUUGUGAUUCUAUACCAAAUGGUUGUGAACGCACAGCAGCCUUCCGCAGAAGGACAUGGAGUGGAGAGCAGAAACAAAAUUCAAGUGGAAAGAUGGUUCAUCACUCUGGAGAAGCUGUCCCAAAUGAAGCAAACACACCACACCCUACAGACAAAGAGCUGCACAUGUCCAAAGUCUGUCAAGAUGAGGCAACAAAAGUAGAGAUGAGGAAAAAGCCAACCUCUAGAGGAAGACAACGGAAAAACAAAAAUGUCAAACAGCCGCAGGACGAUUUUCAUGAGGACCAGGGCAGGCUUCCACAACAGACAUCCACCAGAAGACUUAGAAGCAAAACAAAAGUCCAAGAAGAUGGAAAAGAAAAUGGAGAGGCUCAUACUUGUGAUUCUAAAAAAGUGUUGAAGGUACAGAGCAAACAGGGUGGUGCAUCACAGAGAGGCAGACAAACUGAUGAACCGAAUGAAAUCAAUCAAUCAGGAGCUGAAGAAUCUCACGUCCCUGGGAAAGACACGAAAGCAAGAGAAGCACUCGAGGAGUCACACAUUGCAGGUAUGAGCAGCGAUGAGGAUGGCGAUUACCGAUUUGAAGAGGCCAGCUGUCAUGGGGAUAAUGACGGAGAGAGUACCCAAGUUAGCCUCACUGACCCAUCUUAUGAGCCAUCCACUGUUGCGGCAGAACCCAGUACCUCUGUGAUAAUUCACGAUGCAACACCGCAAAAAAGGCUCUCAAGACGCAAGGAAAGCUCGGAACUCAUAAAUGCACCUCACUACCUGUCUGCACUGGAGGGAGCAUCUUUUGAGGAUAGGGAGGAGGCAUCAGAGGUGAUGGGGUGCUCCCAGCCUGUAGUCAAGAAGCACAGUCCCCUGGCUACAUCUGGGGCUUUUGGACAGGUGUACAAGAGGGGGAGUUUGCAAAUCAAACAGAGCCCCAAAGGGGGUAAUCUCACUGAAAUUGAAGAAAGUAAGAAGCAUCUUGAUGACAAAGUUCAGAUGAUGUUUCCUUGUGACGAAGACAGUUUGGGAGAAGAAAGUGAAACGGCCACAGAGUCUGAUAAAGAUGGUAUUACCGAAAAAAGCAAGACAGAGCAUCAUACAAAAUCUGAGGGAAUACCUCAUGGAAGCACACCUGAAACACUUGUCUCUCAGCCAAACCUCUUUGACAAAGACAACCAGCCCAAAGAUGAUAAAGUUGUUGACCUCACAGAAGAAUCGGAUGUGGAGGACCCAAAUGAGGACCAAAUCUAUAGUCACCCAGAUGAAGUAAAGCAAUCUAUUUCAAAUGCUGGUCUGGAAAAGGAGAUCAUACAAAAGGAUGGCACAACUCUGCAAUUGAAACUCUCUGAUGCAGCAGCAAUCAAAAGUGACUGGGAGCUGGCCCUUGAACUAGCGAGAGAAUUUGACACUGAGCCUCGUCACUUUCGUCUGAGGUCCUCCAGACGAGGAAAGACAGAGACGGAGUUGAAAGAGGAGCCUGUCCAGGCAGGCAGAGCCAAACCAGAGCUUGACGUAUUUGUGCAUAGAGUGAGAGGUCAUGUCAAGAGCAGACUGGCACAAGAGGCAGGCUCCAAGAUAUGCCAAAGUCAGACAGGUGCAAAUGCUGAUGAAACUGGGAAAAAGGAGAGUAGAUCUCAGCCCAACAAAACUCCUGAAGCAGAACUUAAUGAGGAUCACAUUAUAAUAGCUGGAAAGAAAACUCUCAGACAGCCCCAAAGAUCAGGGAGAACUGAUGUCGGGAAAAAUAAGCUUCCAACUACAAGGAGCAAAGGGAAAAGACGUAGCAGACACUCAUCAGGCCUCCCACCUGCCCAUCUUGAAGGUCUGGAUGGUGAAGAUGGUGGAAAGAUUGAAUCCUAUGAUUCUAACCAUGAACAAGUCCAGUUAAGAUCCAAGAGAAAGAAACCAACAGCUGAACAAGUUGCAACACCAGAAGUCCAGAAACCAAUGAAGCAAGAUUUCUUCCCAUCCACCUCCAAAAAAGAAGCAAACGAAGCAGUGAUACAUGUACCUCAAGAUGUAGCUCUCACCUCAGACAAGAAUUGGGAUGAGAUAUCAGUCCAAAAUGUCCCGGGAAACUUUAGUUCAAGGAUGGAAUUGUUGAUGAGUCCAUUGCCUUCAAGUCCAGUUGCCUCAAACAAUGGCACCGGAGGAACGUCUUUCCCAGAGAGAAGAACACGUCAAAACAGUGGAAACUGUCACAAAGUCUCUUCUGAAAGUCCAGAAAAGAUGGCUAAUGAGGUUGCUAAUUCUAAAGGUAGAAAUUCCAGACUAAGAAAGACAAGGUCUUCCUGUAACAAGGUGACAAGGGCCAGCCCCACCCAAGUGACUAUGAGCUGUGAAGGACAUGAUGGGAUUCCACCGGCAUCUUUCGUUUCUCCAAACAAAGUUCCAGAUGAGACUUCACAACUCACUUCGGCAGAAUCAAACUCAUCCGUUAACAAGAAACCUGAUUUGACUCCAGAAGUCACACAGCAGCAUUCUGCAGGCUCUGCAAGCUUGUUCACUGAAGAUCUGGGAGGAGAACAAGCAGAAGCACAAAAGCAGAAACAGACUCCAGAGCAUACAGAGAGCAAGACUGCAGUCUGCACCCAGGGGACUGUGGUGGAUACGGAAGAUGACGGAUGCAGAGAAGUCGAGAGUGAUGGGGACACCACAGAGUCUAUUGACCUUGGAAGCGGAGAAGAUGAUCAAGACGAAGUCAAAUAUGAUCAGGACAAUAUUGAACUCGCUCACAGCCCCUUUGCUGCUGCUGCUCAUCUUUCAGGCUCAGAUACAGAUUCCAUCGAGCUGGACCAGGACUCGGAUAAUGUCAUAUUCAUCUCAGGACCCAAGAAGAGCCAGACAGCAAAAGCAUCCAUAAAUCGGAAAACUCACCAGAGCCCAGAGGAGGGGCCUGAAGAGGGAAAGGUGAGAUCAGCAGUGAUACACUCUCCAGGGUCCCCCAGCCAGGAGAUGGUUUCUUUCAAGAAGACUCCUGCAGGAAAGGCUUCAAAGAAAACAAAGAAGAUGGAUAUACCAGUGCCAGCAGAAACAUCUCCAAUCAGUAGGAAGUUCAUCAAAUGUGGAGAGCCUACGUCAAGUAAGAGACGUGGUGGCUUGGAAUCCAGCAGAUCACAGAGAAACACAGUACCUGAGACAAUCCCAUCACAACCCAGUGAAGACUUUACUCUCAGAGCACGUCUGCCAGAUAGCAACCCUAAAUGUGAAACUGCAGUGAUGUCAGGAAACGUUCAGCUGUGUAAAAACACACAGUCACCUCAGACAUCGUUGAAGCAAAGAUCAAAGGCCUCACCGGAACCUUCCUCUCUGAAUACCUUAAGGGCUUCAUCAUCCAACCAGGAGAGUGAAAGAAUGCUCAUCUCCCCUCCUGCUCACUAUCAGGAAACCUUCAUGGCAACUUCCAGCAAUGCCAAGUCUUCCAUCAGCCAAGACCAAUCUCAAGAAAAGCAUCUCUCCUCUACAAGAAGCAAGUUAUCAUUGAAGAGAAAGUCCUGUCCGGAAGAAGUGAGCUCCCCAGGGACGAGAUUGGCCAACAAGAGGCACAGGAGUGCAGGUGCUACAGUCACUGAAAUCAAACACUGGGAUAUGGGAAGCAGGCGGAGAAGUGAACGUCUUAGCCGAUCAGCGACCAUAUUACAUGAAAACAGCAGCUCCUGUGAAAUGACAAAAGAUUCAGAAGACAUUCCAACCUCCCUUAAAAAGGCUGAACAUGUUUCUGAAGGCUGCAUUACCAUGAAGACCAACAAUGAUGUGACUGCAGAUGUUCGGAGAAGGAGGACGAGUGCAUCUUUAUCUCGUCCCGAAAGCCAGCCACGGAGCCAGAAAUCUUCAUCAGGAGGUAAGGCGUCAGUAUUGGUGGAAGCCUGUUCCCAGAAGCAACAAGCUGUAUCGACAGCCUCACCGCAACUUAAGUUAAGCCAAGCAGUUCACCAAGAAGAUGUGAACAUUGAGCUAAGUGGGCAUCAGGCAAAAGACAGUCCACAAACAAUUUCUGGUUCAUGCCCGCUCUUUGAAGAAGAUUGCUGUAGUUUGUGUUCUUCUCAGAAGCUUACAGGAAGCCAAGAUGCAUCCCUUCCAGACAUUUCACUUUUCAGUUCUGAAGGUUCAGCAAGCUCUUCCUUAUCUCAUUCAAGGAGUAGUCCUUCAAGUUCUGGAAAAUCUUCUAACACUCACAGAAACCAAAAGAGUAUCCUUAAGCAGGAGAAGGCUGAAAGUGGUGGUAAGAAAGAAUCACACAAUUCUGACACUGACCCUCUGCAAAAGAAUUUGAUAGACUCAACAAAGUCCUUGUUCACUGAAAACAGCUCUGUCCACUCCAAGAAGCACAGCGCAUUAUCUGGUAAACUUUCUAGCUCACUGAAGUCAUCUGAUACAUCAAGGGCAUCACUAUCUAUUCCCUUCCAAGGCAAACCAGAUAAUGGAAGACCCAAGAGAGGUUCUGGAUCUCAUGGAAGGAAAUCCCAGGUAAAUACCUCUAAACCACCCUCUGAAGAGUUUGUAGCAGCAAGUGAAGGUGCCUCAGUCAGUUCUGAAUGCCUAUCUGAUCCAAUCAUCCUGUCCCGAAGACACCGUUAUGGUCCGGCAGAUGUUAGCACAAACGUUCAAGACACUCCUGAAAGUGCAAAAGAUAAAGCUUCAUCACAGCAUCACAGUGCUGUUCGGGGUACAGAGCUAGUCCCAGGAAGUCGAAGCAGGAAAGGAUUCAGCUUCAGGAUGAAAAGUUCGAGGAAUCAGGAAACAGAUGUCAGCUCUUCAAGCCAGAGUCAAUCAAACACUGGGGUCUCAAAAGAUAAAAGUCAGGAAGUCAGGCUUGUAGACUUCAGUUCCAGCAAUAGGUCAGUGAAACAGCAGAGCUCAAAUAAUCAGCAGAAACAACAGAUGCACAAAAAUGGUGAUAGUCUCUGUCCUGAAAAUGCUGUGAAUACUGAGCCUCCGUCAUCUCUUAGUCCCAAAUCAAAAACAAGAGCGAGAAAGAGCUCAACUCUCACAGUGGGUAGAGUGAAACAGGCCAGACAGGGAGAAAUUUAUCUAGAUAAAACUGAGAGUCAAACCAGCAGAAACAUCAGGAAAUCAUCUCAGGUUUAUGAGGGUCUGUUGCAAAGGGAAUCCUAUGUAGAUUGCAGUGAUCUUAACGAAGUGAACCUUCAGAAAGACAGAAUAAGGGAACCAAGUCGAAGCCAUGAAACUUUCCCUGAUGACAGGGUGAGAGGAGAUACAAGCGGCCUGAAUAUUCAGGCAAAUCUCAGUGAUAGGCAACAUGGUCAAGCAGGUGGACGACUUGACUCGAGUGGAGAUGUUGAGAUGGUUAGUGCUGAGGAUGAUGAACCUCAUUGUGUUGAAGGAGAAGGGAUAGAAGGGGCUGAUGAUGAUACUGAUGUUAAAGAACAUGAUGUGGGAGAAGAUGAAAUUGAUGAAAGUGAAGAAGACAGUGAUGAUGAAAAUGACAAUAGUGAUCAGGAUGAGGAUAUCAUCAUCCCGCCCACUCCACCAGGCCAGUCAACAGCCAAUUUCCACACUCGUAAGCGGCCGGCUUAUCUUGUUCAUUCAAUCUCCUUAUCAAGCAACACAAGCAGGCUUUCAACUAGGAGCACUGCAUCAAGCCGCUUCAAAGCUCAUCACGCAGGAACCAGCUCCAACAAGAAAGAUCCAUCUCGUUUGAGUCAGAAUUCAGGAAGUGGCAAGAAAGAUCCAUCUCGUUUGAGUCAGAAUUCAGGAAGUGGCAAGAAAGCACGUCCUAACCUAACCAAGAAUGGUUUCUCUGGGGAAAGUAACUUCAGCAGCAGAAGAGCAAACUCUAAGAGUGCAGCACAGGAUAGCGGUAGCAAGGGCGGCUCUCAUGCAGAAGACAAAGAUAUGGCUGACAAUUCCUUUCAGAAGAGAAUUUUUCCCUUAAGUUACAGUCCUAUGGAGGAUGAUGCGAGUGAAGAUGUUGCAGAAAACACCCCAAGCCUCAGCAUUUUCCAAGAGUGUGUCAAAGAUGAGAGCCCAAAAGAUAAGUUGAAGAAAAGCCCCAAAUCCAAGUCUUCUUCAAGAAGCAAAAAGAGUCUACCCAUGGAUCAAGCUCAAGUCCAAGAUAAACCAAGAGAUGCCAGAGCACAGGGGCAUGAAGAUCAGAGAGACAGCUUUUUAGAAAGUCCUUGUGAAAGAUCAUCAGCUGGAAGGAUAACGAGAAAGCAGCAGAGUGAACAGUUGCCAGAUAUCCACCAGGAAGCCAGAUGUGUUCAGGGACUUGCCAGGGAAAAAGAAGUCAGCAGAUGUGAGACACCGGAGGUGGUCAUACUGGAGAAGCUGACAGACGAGGCAGCUGUCAUCAAGGACAAAGGGAAAGUUGGCGCAGGCAUCUGCCAGGAAGAGGAGAGAGGCCAAGAAGAAGAAGUCAUGUUGAUUGGUGCGGACCAGCAUUAUGACACCGAGGGCUCCACCUGCUCCGAGAGCAGCGGCAGUCACCACCUGAACCUGACCAGUGCCUCCUCGGUGCUGUCCAGUCAGAGCGAGCUUAUGAGCACACAGCAACGACUCAAGGCUAAGGAAUCACUGAAGAAGAUGGCUCUUGAGAUUGCCCAAAUGGAGGCAGCCCUUGCAGAGGCUGAGUUUGCCGAACAUCUUGAUAAACACUCUGACACGACCCCUGUCGAACACCCGGAUGAAAUAGUAGAGCGCAUCCAACCAUCUGCUUAUCAUCAGAAUCGCGAUAAGAUUGAAUUAUCUAAAAAGAGCCAAGAUGAAAUGAAUUCUCAGUCAGAUGGAGAUGAUUUUGACCUGCAUGAUGACCCUGUUUCUGAGGCUGACCCUGUUUCUGAGGCUGACCCUUGCCAGACCUCAGACGACCCUUGCACCCCAGGUGACCUUUUCAACCCAGAAGCUCCCUCCCUUUAUAAUGCCCAAGAUGACAUGACCAAGGAUGCUCGCAGUAUGAAGCCCAUCUCCCACUCUCGAAGAGCUGCACCAGAAAAUAACUGCCCAUCUCAAAGCUUGAGCAACAAUCGCAAGUCAUCACAUUCAACCUCUAAGCGGUCAAGGUCGGUGAUUUCAGAUGAAGAAUUGGAAUCCGAGGAGGAUGCUUGUGAUGGUUUUAGUGAUGCAACCAUGCCGGGACAGAACAUUAGAAGGCAUGGCACCAGCAUUGCCUUUGACAGGGAAGUAGCCUGUGUCAGUGACUCGGAAAAUACUAAGCAAACGAAGCUGCUGACACCUGGAGGAAAUCCCAGUAUCCCAUCUCCUCUCUCUUUACCUCAUUCAACCUCCAAGAGGAUGUCACCACAUGCCGUGCUGCCACAGGAAGAUGCAUCAGUAAUCGGUGCUUUUCCAAAAUCCCAGUUGGAGAUUCCUGGCGUCACUACCUAUGGGAGUGAUUCGGAUCUGAGCGAGCAGGAGGAUCCACACAUAUCCUCAGAAAGUCCCCGGUCUCCCUCACCUCCUCGCUCCCCUUCCCCUCCUCCGGAGCUGUCUCAGAGGACGGUCAGGAGGGCGUCACUGGUCAACCUCCCAGAGAGUGUCCGAGCGGUGAGUCUUUUGGUUGAGAAGAUCAAAUCCCGUCAGGGUUCUGAUGAGGGAUCAUCUGUUAAGGAAGCCCGAAGAUCUGGGAAGAGGAGGACUGCCGAUGAGUCAAGUGAUCAUCCCGGGAUGCGGAUCAUAAGCAAUUCAGAUUCUGAUGACGAGGAGUACGGAGCGUUGUCACCAAAGUCACGCUCAAGAUUUGGCAAGAGAUUGGUACCAAGACAGGCAACAACUCCUGGACAGAGCACUUCAGGCUGGAAGAGCAAGGUGCUCGAGAUGCUCUCAGACAGUCGAGCAAAGAGUAAAACCAGGAAUGCCCCUAAAACUUCAGGAGGUAAGAAACACACCACCCCUGCCAGGAAAUCUAGACAGCAUACCCAAGCAGAACCGGAGAGUGAGAAAUGGUCACACCAUUCAAGAGGUUUGGCCAAGAAGAAUAAUCCAGGAGAGGUUAGAAAGGACAAGAAAGAUGGGCCCUCCGGCAGCAACCAUUUGACAAGGAGGGAUAAUCAGCACCAAGAUGAGAUUCCAGAGGAUGGACCUCCCAGUCCAGUGAUUGGACGGAGUCUACUGACCACCCCUGCCGCUAAGAAGAAGGCCAAACCCAUGUCCUUUGUCACAACAGGCCUGAACAGGACAGACAUGAGGGACGUGGAACAGCUUACAAAGCGUUUUGGUUGCCGUUUUGCAAGCACUUUCAACGCCUGCACCACUCACGUCAUUGUCAACACUGAUGACGACUUUGUGUGUGAGAGGACAUUGAAGUACUUCCAAGGCAUCGCAGCCAGAGUUUGGGUGGUGAGCUUUAAAUGGGUGACUGCCUGCCUCAAGACCGAGCAACUCCUCUUGGAAGAGCCGUUUGAGGUACAGGGCGACGUCGUCAAUGGCCCCUCCCACAACGGACCCAGAAGAGCAAGGCUGUGCCGCGGGCCGUACCCUCUAUGCAAGCACGACGUCUGCUGCGUUGGCCCCUUCACUGGCCUCACCAAAGAGCAACUGGUCUCCUUGCUGGAGCUGAUGGGGGCAAGCACUGUCCAGCACCCAUCUCUCUUCCCCUACAAAGCGGGGCGCAAGGUAGUCAUCAUCGCUCAGGCAGAGGCCACCGAUUCAGAGCACGAUUACGACGCACUUUACAAAAAGUACAGAGUGCCCGUUGUCUCCAGGGAGUGGGUUCUUGACACCAUAGCAACCUACAAGAUUCAGCCAAUGACGGACUACCUUCUAUCUGAGAGCGGGAGCUCUCAGCCAGUCAUAGAUCUCGACAGUGACGAGAACUGAAGCGCUUCAUGGUGUGCCACCAAAAUAACCAAAUGGCAGACUCCCAGCCGUAACUUGGUAGAAGCUCCUGGCCAAUCAGAUGCCUCAACACUCACCAGACCUGGCAAGAGUGGGAGGACAAACUUCACCAAUUUUUACCAGCCUCUCUAAAUUUACUCUAGAAUUAAAUAAUGCGAGGAAGCUACUGUGGAUUUUAUUCAAACCUUUAUUAUUUUGCUUUUGCUGUACAAAUACUUCUAAACUAUUCAAAGUAUAUCACUUUAUAUAUUGCAAUCGACCAAUGUAAUUGGGUGGAUGGAUGUUAAUUUGGGUGAAUUUUUGUUAUCUUAUGUAGAUGUUCCAGCAGGCUCAAGGAUUAUGCUUUUUAAGAGGAGUACUAACUGACACGUUGUGUCCACCUUGUCUUCAUUUUUUCACAUCUCAUUUGUAGCUUCAUAUUCAUCAUUGAGAUCAGUUAAUGUGUGUUGCGAUACGCACUUUCAGAUGCUUAAAAUGAUACAAAAUUACGCCUUUUUUUACUGCACUAACUCAGUAAGGUUGAAAGUUGUACGUCUGAACUGAUUUCAUGAAUGAGUAUUUUCACUGUGAGUACUUUCUACAAAGCACUCUAACUGAACUCCUUACUUAGCGUAAAUACUCAGUUAUAGCCAGAGAGUUGAACUAUGCAAAACAACACGAACUCUUAAUCUGAGUAUUCCAUCAAUGCAUGUAUUCAUAUGCUUGGGAUUUUCCACAUCUAGUCAGUACCGACAUUUAGUUCAUGUCAUUUAGUUCAUGUUACGUAGUGUUGGUCAAAUGCCAAUUACGAAUGAACUUGUUUUGUGGCCAAAAAAAGCUGUUCUUUUACCCAAAUCUUACAUUUCAUUGUGUAAAGUCUUUGAAUGCAACUCGCUGCAACUGAAGACUUCUGAAGGAUUUGGUGGCCCUAUCCCGGCAUUAUCCUACUCGGCGCUUGAAAGUGAGGUUGUACCAAAGGUGUAAUGUCCUUAGUUUUUGGACCCAUCAAAAAUGUAGAGGGCUCCACGCACUGGCUUUGACUCAUGGGUAGUUUUGUAAGAUUGUCACUGUAUACAGUUUGAUUUGAACCAAUUGUACUCAUUUUAUAGCCUUUGAAAUUUCGAUUCAGUGGACUUUAGAAUUUGGUUAAUUUUCAAACUAUGCAUUGAUGACCUAUUUUCUUGGAAUAAAGAAAAUGCAAUUCGAGAUUAUGUGUGUAUUUAACAAACUUUUUCUGAAUUAAGUCGUUUUAUGCAUGGUUAACAGUGAAACUUGCACAAAGGUCAUUCAAUAAAUGCGGUCAUUCUGUAGACUCUUCCUCGCCCUGUUA